GGUGAUGUUACCUGUCUGAUGUCUCAUGACUCCCGUCAUCGUAUAUUUAACCGUCGCGCACGGACGAUCGCUGAUAGCCGACGUAUCUCACUGUGAUAAAUAUCAAGCUCAUCGCACCCACACACCCACGUAGAAUGCCGUGAUAAGAGCCGAGAUGAGAAGCGCGAGGUAGAAUCGUGCUGACGGGCGCUCCCGAAUAGAGUAGAAGGGGAGAACCAUGGCUUUCCCACCAUUAGUCAGUUCUACUCCUCCACCUUUAGACAACUUCGGGGAAUCCGAUGAGGAUGAAUUUGGAGAUUUCACAGCUGGUGGAAUAGAUGGCUUAUCGGUUUCAUCAGAAUCCCCGCAGAAACUUAUCACUCCGAUACAAACACCAAUAACAUCACAGAACGUAUCUCCUAGAAUAAACGGUAUUAAUGAGUCACUAAUAUUGGAUAAUUGCUCUAAGAUAAGCCAAGCCUUGAAAUGUGGCACUAUCGAUGACUUGCUUAUCGUCGAAAAGGCGGAGGACAAUGUGAGCCAUCAUAUAAAAUUGAAGGAUAAGACGGAUGAUAGUAGCGUCUUGGAAAACAAUGCCGAGAACGCUAGUAUAACAGAGCGCAAUGUAUUAGUUUCACCUAGGAAUGGCGAGUCGCAUAAUGUUGAGACUAGUAAUAGUAUCGAUCAUGUUUGUACUCAGAAUGUUUUAGCUAAAGAGAAUUUUGUUGAUACGGAUGUAAUUAGUAGCAACAAUAGUAGUUUAGCCGAUAGCGUAAAGACGAUCAGCGAACGGGAAGCAUCCUCCAAUUUGGAUUUGGAAGCUAAUGACGAGAUAGAACCCGCGAGUCUGGACCUAGAAGAUCCCGCGAGCACGCCGGACAUUCUGCAGCAACUGGACGACGAUUUUUAUAACUACGACCAGUUCAAGAACUCCACCGAAUGGAACGACACCGUUUGCGAUCAGAAGGCGAACGUGACGGUCCUGCAGACGGAUUACCUGAACGUCAACAAACCUAAUCCUGUGAACAGAGAAUGCAAUGAAGCGGAUGAAGUAGAAGAAGAGACAUACGGCAACGAUGACGCGCAUGUUAAUGUCACUAAUAACGAUAAAUCUGCCUUCGUUUACGAUGAAAGGACAAUUUCCGAUUUCGUUACCUCGCAAGAACUUAAUGUAGGCGAUACCAACAUGUUUAAUCGGCCAGACUGCGAAUUCAGUAUUGAACCGAAAUACAUAGAAAUGUACGACCAUGUAAUAUCCAACAAUGAGACGAGCAAGACGAGCGGGACUUUGCACGACUCUUUCAGUUUCGAUUUCACCUUCGACGACGCCGUGAGAGAGGAAUCAAAUCUAGAUCGCACAUCUGUACAUAUGCAUACCAAGGAUAGCUACGUUGAAAAGUCUACUGCGAGAAACAACGCGGAUACUUUUCCUAAUAAUUUUUGCGAUGUAAAAAAUGCCAUACAAUCAAAAGACAACGAGGAGCGGGUAGCGGUAAACACAAAGAAUCAAAUUGUUCAAGAGGCAAGUACGAACGAGGAGACUCCUGGUUACACAAAGAGAGAAUCGACCGAGGAUAACGCACGCGAACAGAAUGUUCUGGAAAAUGGUCUCCUUCCACACGACUUGGACAACUCGGACUUCACAGAAUUUAUGGAGCAUAGAGACUUCGGCAGUACACCAGAAUUAACUGAUAACUUCAAUCAGCUGUCUGAUGAUGAUGAAAAAUACGAAACAGUACAAAUCCGCGAUGCAUCUUCAUCAGACGCGUCUUGUGUACAAAAGCUCUCGUCGAUUGAAAAAGCCUCACUGCCAUCUACUAAUACAUCAUUCGACUGCUUAAAGGAUAAAAGUAAUCUUACUGCGAAUACCACGGGAGAAGCAUGUGCCACAUAUAAAAUUGAGAAUUCCGUAGUGUAUUUUAGCGACGGCGAGUUUUAUGAUAUCAGUCUGAGCAAGAUCGAGCCGAUACUGAAUAAGGUGCAAGAAAGUAGUCGGCCCGGAUUCGAGGACGCGCCAAACGAGGAUGAUGAUUUCGGUGAUUUUACGAAUUUUUCGAGCACAACGGUAGAAUGGCAACACGAGGACGCGAAAGGACCGACCACAGUCGAGGACGACGAUGAUUUCGGAGACUUCAACGACUUCGAGACGUCAGUCGGUGUAGUAGAGACGCAGCAGUUUAGUUUGAAAGAGUCUAUAUGUCGGAUAGAGAACAAGAAUGCCGCGAAUAAAAUAGAAGACAUAAUAACGAACAUGUUCUCCGCCUCUACUGAACAUCACGAAGUCGAGUUGCAGUCUCUGAUAAACAAGACGGACAAAGUUUGGCAGAAUGUGAAGAGUGUGGAAGAAACUAACGCCCUCACCUAUCAGUGGGCUAACAGUAGCAGCAACAAUGUUCUCCUGAAUGCUCUCGGUAUCGAUUCUCGGAAUAUCCUGUUUGGACCGAGAUGGAAUCCGAAUGUACCGAGAUUCGCAGCGAAUCUUGGCUUUACCCCGUUAGAGCCUAUCAAAGCUAACGCUGAGCCUCAGCAGCCUCUUCUCACACCCAGUACCAGCAAGACGCAAGGCGCGGCUUUUUCAGAUGAAGUACCUGCCGCCCAAUUUGAUUGGAAUAGUUCUGGUCUUGUAAAUCCUCUAGAUGCUAGUGGUGGUGGGUUGUCCGCUCUUCUGCCUCUGGAUUUGUUGUGUCCGUUUGAUCCUCUACUAACACCUCAUUGUUCCACACAUUCCGAAUCCUAUCAUCAGUCAACUUGCUCAACGAACUCCAUGUAUUACUUUUCAUCUGAUGCAGUUUCACAAGAAGCAACAAGCCUACAACCUGUGAAGUCGCAAAACUUGUCCGAUCUUACUAGCGGUUCGUUGAGACAACAGAAAUCGUCUCAGGCGUCCAAGAUAAUAGAACCAUUACCAGGACCUUGUACAAUGGAAUGGAAGAAGAAGACGAUCGAGCAAGAUCUCGGAACUAGGCAAAAGAAUCCAUCGCAUAAGCCACUAAGAAGUGUUCCAUCGACCAACAAUAAAUCGCUCCCAGUAAGCAAUAAUUCAUCCAAAGCGCACGAGUAUCAUAGAAAGUUGUCAGCAGGUAGGAAAGAGAAUACACAAGGUGCGGAACAAGUGAUUAUGGACAGAUACGGACGACCGAUGACCGUGCAGGCCGAGACGAUAAAGGUUCUGAAUCAGUUACCGGACUUGUCGUUCUUGAACGCCAGAACUUUGCUGUUCAGUCGCGAGCAGAAGCAGAUCGUGCACGAUCUAGGCGCUAUGAUAAAUCGGAAAAUGCCCGGCUGAGUAACAUCGGUCUGAAUGCGAGUUUGAAAGGGCAAUCGUGACAGAGGCAACCCCUAGGGGCUUGCGAGUUGGAUGUUUCUAAUGACCCAAUUACAAUCAAAACAAGAACUUCUGCUACCUUUCAAACCUGUGUUCAGACCAACCUCUGACGACCCACCACUCGGCUCUUCCACGUCGGAAAUAACAAAAAAGAAUAAAGAAACGCUAUAUAGAAUAUAUACCGUGACUAAUCUCUAUAUAUCAGAGUUGUGUCUAACGUGCACUCACAGGCGCGUGUUGGACAACUCCGCUCUAGAUGCUUGAAGCACCGAGCAUGCACUUGACAUUCCGAACCAACAUUGUUUUGUGAUUCUAUUAAGAUACUGAUAUUGUUACUUUACUCUUUAGAGAAGUGUAUAUAUAUAUAUAUAUAUAUAUAUAUAUAUAUAUAUAUAUAUAUAUAUAUUUACUUUGUUGCGAAAUUUGAUAAUUUAACGUUGUAACAAUCGUUCUCUCCGUUCGAACGUUCAAAGUUCGUUCUGUCAGCUCAACGGUUGCGUAGUCUUUUGUAGAGACGCGAUUAUAUAGGUUUACGUCGCGGAUUGAGUAGAUUU